AAUAAUGGAAGUGGAAAAAAUAAGUAGCAUAGUAACAAAUAAUUACUACGAGGAUGAGGAUGAGGAUGAGGAUGAUGUUGUACUUCCAGGUUUUCGAUUUCAUCCCACUGAUGAAGAGCUUGUAGGGUUUUAUCUACGCAGAAAAAUUGAGAAAAAAACGAUUGGUUUAGAAAUUAUAAAGCAGAUCGAUAUUUAUAAAUAUGAUCCUUGGGAUCUACCAAAAGGCAGUAACAACAAUGGAGAGAAGGAAUGGUAUUUUUUCUGCAAAAGAGGCAGAAAAUACAAAAACAGCUUAAGACCUAAUAGAGUAACUGGUGGUUCUGGAUUUUGGAAGGCUACUGGUAUUGAUAGACCAAUUUAUUCUUCUGGCAAAUGCAUUGGCCUGAAAAAAUCACUGGUUUAUUACCGUGGUAGCGCCGGAAAAGGAACGAAAACCGAGUGGCAGAUGCAUGAGUUUCGUCUUCCUGUUGAAAAUGAUAAAUCAACCAAACAUCUUCAUGCUAACACCAUACCUCAACAAGAUGAAACAUGGACUCUUUGCCGUAUCUUGAAACGAAAUGUUUCAUAUAAGAAACCAAUACCAGAUUGGAAAGAAGUGGCAAAAAAACAAAGAAACAAUUCAGUGAUGAAUAUGGAUGUUUUAAGCUCCAAAAUAUGCAGCAAUAGUAGAAUUGAAUCUUCUCCAAAUAGUUCCCAGAUUUACAUCAGUUUUAGCACUACUUCUGUUGUUAAGCAGAAUACAUAUACUAAUACUAUAACAGAAAAUAAGCACCAGUUUGUAAGCCAACAAAGCUCAGGAACAUCAUCUGAAAGUACAACUGUUGGUGCUGUAACAUCAAAUUCCAGUACUCCUCUGGACUUUAAUGAGUGGUUAGAACAUGGCAACUGGGAUGAACUUCAAUCUAUUUUCGAGCUUUCGUUUGAUCCUUUGUUUUAAUUUUGUAUCAUACAAGUGAGAAUUGUAAUGUAUAUCGUAUGGAUUUCACCAA